AGGCCUGCGCGCCUGCUGCAGCCAAAGAUGCUGUUAUAUUUCUUUCUCCUUCACAUAUUAGGAGGCUUUCUAGUAGAGGGGUGGCACCCUUCUUCGUCUGUGCCUUGCUCUCCUCCCCCAGGCUACCUACCAUUGCCAUGCAGAGUUAUUAGGGAGCUGAACAGUACUAGUGAGAGACUACCACCAAUAACAUAUGGUGUUAAUGUCUGUCGGGUUUUAAAGAGGAAUCUUGUAUCAGUGUACAACUAUCACUGGCAGACCAGAUGUGGCUGGUUAUAUCAGCAUUAUUCCUAUGUAUGGAGAUGCAGUCAACAGUGUGUCCCAGCUGGUACUUGCUCUGAUACUACGACUAUCCAAGUUUCCUCUAGGGACCAGUGUUGUGAUGGCUUUAUGCCUCGUCCUCCAGUGAAGAGAAGCCACUUGUACCAGUUCUACAGUCAGUUCUUCAUACCUGUGGUGAGUCAGCCUAGUGGCUGCCCUUUAGCUUGGGCCUCCACACUUUACCGGUGUCUUGAAAUCCACAGCUUAACUUCUUUCCUUACUCUUGUUAUGAUUGCAAACAGGACAAGCGAGUUAAACACGACAGAUGCAGAUCUCACCAUCUUUGCUCCUCCAAAUGCAGCCAUUGAUGCCCUCAAUCUCUCAAGUGUGAGAGAAGUGGAGCAUUUCCUUUCUAAUCACAUCCUCCGAGAAGAUAAAAAAUCCGAGAGACUAACUCAUAAUCUCAUGCUCCAGAGUGACAACGGUACAACUCUAUACGUGACAGUGGUCGACCAUUAUUACUAUAUACCUCUCAUAUAUGGUCAUUCUGUACAGAGGUAUACGCAUGGGGCAAAUCCUUAUAGCUAUAACUACUAUAACACUCAUCAGAGCCAGUACAUACUGCUGGGAACAGAUCGAUACAUUACUGGCUCGCAUAUCAUUAAUCCUGACUCAUGCUCCAUCAGUAAAGGCUCACUGCACCUCCUCAACUGGCACAUACCUUACUCUCCCUACAGACUCUCAUAUCUUCUCCAAGCCUCCAGCAAUUACUCUCGCUUCAAGACUGCCUUGGAUGCCACUGGUGUGACUAAUUUUCUAGACUCUUCUCCUUCUCCCCACACUAUCCUUGCUCCAGUAGAUGCUGCAUUUGAAUCCUGGCCAGAACUCUUGUGGCAAUGUCUCCUUUAUUUUGAUCGUCGGCCUCUCAAUAGUAUUUUACUGUUUCACAUUGCUACUGGUACGGAAUAUUAUUCAUCUUUGCUACAGAGAAAGUGGCUAGCAACAAGACUAAAUCAACAUAUACAGUUAUUCAAUACUGCCAAUGAGGUAUUUCUGACAAGUGAUCGCGUACCUAUACUGCAUAGAGAUCAAGCAGCUAGUGAUGGGGUGCUCCAUGGCAUCGGCUUUAUACUAAUGCCUGAUAAUGUUGAUUUCGGACAAUGCCAGCCUUUUGCUUCUGUAACUCCUACCCCAGCCAUGUCACCGACUCCUUCAAUGGCAGCAUCUCCUACACCUCUGCCUCCAAUCAUUAGCUCUGAUUUGAAUGAUUUCCUCAGUGAAGCUUCAAUCCUUCCAAGUCUAACUCCAACUCCAACUACAAAUUUGUCUAAUAAUGGAGCGGAGGGUGGCAGUCACAAAUAGAGUGUGAAAGAAUUUUAUAACUUUGCUAUUUGUAGUAUUUUGUGCAGAACACAACAGUUUUUUUUGAAUUUAUUGGCAGCUUGUUUUGUGCGGGUGACAUCAUAACAUUGAUAAUCUCCCAACAACCUGCCAAUGUUAUAAAUAUUUUACUAUUUUAA